CCCGACGAAGGAAAACGACACAAGCGUUAAAUAUUUUUGUUUAAAAAACUAAAUCUAUGUACUGCGAGCCACUGUGAUCACUGAAGUACCGAACCCACUACCCCAUUCGAGUCUCUAUGCUACACUGGAAGCCAAGUAUCCUAAAAACCCUAAAGCACGGUACUCCCACCCAUGGCCGCCCCCGUCCACCUCUCUGCUCCCUUCUCCACCGGCCUCUCACUCAAAUCCCCGCGCCCUCCCCGAAGAAUCCCCUCCGUUUCUUCCCUCUCCGCUCCUGUCUCCGCCGGCCGCCUCCUCCGCGCCGCCGUCAUCGGCGGAGGCCCGGCCGGCGCCUCCGCCGCAGAGGCCCUCGCCGUCGGCGGCGUUGAGACCUACCUCAUCGAGCGCAGCCCAGCCGGGUCCAAGCCCUGCGGAGGCGCCAUCCCCCUCUGCAUGCUCGACGAGUUCUCCCUCCCCGCCCACCUCGUCGACCGCCGCGUCACCCGCAUGCGCAUCUUCUCCCCCUCCAACCUCGCCGUCGACUUCGGCCGCUCCCUCCGCCAUGGCGAGCACAUCCCCAUGCUCCGUCGCGAGGUCCUCGACGCCUUCCUCCGCUCCCGCGCCCAAUCCCGCGGCGCCCACCUCCUCCCCGGCCUCUUCAUCUCCCUCGAACCCCCCUCCUCCCUCUCCUCCGGCGAGCCCUAUUUAAUUCACUAUACAUCAUCCCCCGCCCCUGGCGCCCUCGCCGGAACCCCCUCCACCCUCGCCGUCGACAUCGUCGUUGGCGCCGACGGGGCCAACAGCCGCGUCGCCCGAUCCAUCUCCGCCGGCACCUACUCCUCCGCCAUCGCCUUCCAGGAGCGGAUCCGCCUCCCACCGGAGAAGAUGGCCCACUACGAGGACCUCGCCGAGAUGUACGUCGGCGGCGACGUGUCGCCAGACUUCUACGGAUGGGUCUUCCCCAAGUGCGACCACGUGGCUGUGGGCACCGGAACGGUGUCGUCCAAGCCGGAGAUCAAGAAGUACCAGGCCGGGAUCCGGGCCCGAGCCUGGCCGAAGAUCGCGGGGGGGGAAGUUAUCAAGGUGGAGGCGCACCCGAUCCCGGAGCACCCGCGGCCGCGCCGUGUGGUGGGGCGGGUGGCACUCGUCGGCGACGCCGCCGGGUACGUAACCAAGUGCUCCGGCGAGGGGAUCUACUUCGCCGCGAAGUCGGGGAGGAUUUGCGGCGAGGCGAUCGCGAGGAUCUGGAACGAUAAGAGCGAGGGCAUGGUGACCGAAGAGGAUCUGAAGAGAGAGUACUUGAGGAAAUGGGACAGAGAGUACCUGUGGAUGUUCCGGUUCCUGGAUCUCCUUGAGAGCGUGUUCUACGGGAGCAACGCCACGAAGGAGGCGCUGGUGGAGCUCUGCGGGGACGACCAUGUGCAGAGGAUGACCUUCGAGAGCUAUUUAUACAAGCGGAUGGCGGUGGGGGAUUGGCGGAAGGACUUGGGCUUGGCGUGGAGGACGGUAGGGACUUUGGUGAAGGCGGGAAUUAUGGGGAAGGCGGUGGAGAGGUUGGGGACCUCAGCGGAGCGCUAGCCAUCUUCCGGGAGUUCUUUUCUUGUAUUAUUUUGGACUCUGUUUUAAUCCUAGUUAUAUGAGAUGUAUAUUUCUGCUUGCAAGCACUUGGAAGGGAGAGCUUAUUCAAGGGUUUAGUUUAUUUAUAUCUCCACCGCUCUUUGUUGUAGUGUAGCUUGAUUAACCAGGAUCUCACUGAAAGAGGUUUUUUGAGCUAGACUCAAGUUCUACAUUGGUUUGGAGAAAAUCAGGUGCCAUCCAAAGAUCACUUGUUUCUGA